AACUCAUCUUCUCCUUUAAACAACAAAGAUAUCUUGUUGCCAAACAACUUCAAGUACUACACAAAGCACUUGAACAAGAACCAAUUCAACUCAAUCUUACUUAACUGUACGGUUAACUUAAUGAAAAUCUUGUACCAAGAAAACAAAGAUUCAUCCAUUGACGAAAAAGAGUUGAAGUUCUUUGUUGUGGAGAUCUUAAGAAGAUCCAAAACUUCCAUCCAAUCCCUACAAUUGACAUGCUUCUACUUGGUGAAACUCAUCAAAAUGAACAUUCAAGAUUUGAAAACUGAUCCAUUAUUUAAGGACGCCAAGAAGUUAUUCUUGGGCUUGAUUAUCAUCGCCUCCAAGUUUAACCAAGACUACAACUACUCUUUCAAGUCUUGGCUUAAGAUUUGUGGCGUCAAAGAGGAUGACAAUACUGGAACCUUCAAUUUGAAGAUUUUAAAAAGUAUCGAAUUUAAAUGUUUAACCUUAUUGAACUACGAUAUUUAUUUGAAUGACUUGAAAUAUGAGAACUGGUGCAACAUUUUAAUCAUUUUUGGUUACGAUUUUAUCAAGUGUCAAUUGGUUGACAACUCAGAAAACAACGAGAUUAUUUGGGAAUCUAACCAGUUAAAGGUUAGCAAGAAGUUAGACAAAUGGUCGAACUUCUUUGCCCACAACUUUAAGUUGACCAACUUGAACUUGAUCAAAAUCAACUUUAAUAACUACUACUUGAAUCAACUUGGUACUAAGAUCUUGAUCAAAGAUCAAGCAGUUCCUUCUCUUUUCUCU